AUGGCAUUCCAAGAAUUCAGCCAGGUGUCAGCCCGUCGAAGGGCGGAAAGGCAGGAAAAGCUGAGAAAGAGGUUAACCAUCGCAGCAGUUGUUAUAGUUGUUCUCCUUAUUAUAAUUGCCGCAGGCGUCUUCGCCAUCGUUUACAUAUCGGAGCGUUCAGGUUCAAGCAAGUCGUCUCAGCAAGAAGUAAAGCCUAAAAAAGAUAAGUCGCAGCGCGCCGAUAGGAUAAAGAUGAUAUGUAACCCUACAGACUACCAAAGCGUAUGCGAGUCAAGCCUGAAGAAGGUGUUGAAGAAUAAUGCCUCCUCCACCAACCCCAAGGAUGCUCUCAGGGCUUCGAUUGUGGUGACCCUGGAUGAGGUUGAGAAUGUGCUCAACCAAACAUCAAAGUUCCGUUUCGAAAACAAAGAAGAGCAAGGUGCCUACGAGGAUUGUAAGCUGCUGCUUCAAGAUGCCAAGGAGGAAUUACAGGAUUCAAUUUCCACCGUUAGUGACAAGGACGUCGAGAUGCUCCCCUCCAAGGCUGAUGACUUGAAUAAUUGGCUAAGUGCUGUAAUAUCAUACCAGCAGACAUGCAUUGAUGGAUUCCCUGAAGGGAAAUCCAAAACCAAAAUGCAGAAGACCUUGGGUAAUACAAAAAUUUUGACUAGCAAUGCUCUUGCCAUUGUCGCUGAAGUGUCCUCCAUCUUGUCAACUCUCCAGUUAUCGGGAGGAAACAAACGUCGCCUUCUACAAGCCACCAGUACUAGUACUAGUUCUAGUACCAGUACCAGUACCAGUCUGGGUGAGGACGGCCUCCCUAAUUGGAUGUCCCAUGAAGACCGCAGGAUGUUGAAGGCACGUUCCGUCAACCUCAAGCCCAAUGCCGUUGUGGCCAAAGACGGAAGUGGAGAUUUUAAAACCAUUUCCGAUGCUUUGGCUAAAAUACCUAAAAAAUACACUGGGCGGUACGUCAUUUACGUUAAGGCAGGAGUUUACGAUGAGACGGUGAUAGUGACCAAGGAUAUGGUAAAUGUAACAAUGUAUGGGGAUGGAUCAAUGAAGAGCAUUGUCACAGGGAGCAAGAAUUUUGUAGAUGGGAUUAGGACCUUCCAGACUGCAACUUUUGCGGCACUGGGCGAAGGGUUCACGGCCAUGGCCAUGGGAUUCAGAAACACAGCUGGUCCAGAAAAGCAUCAGGCAGUAGCCCUCCGGGUCCAAGCUGACCGUUCCGUCUUCAUCAACUGCAGGAUGGAAGGGUACCAAGAUACGCUAUAUGUACAAACCCACCGACAGUUCUACCGGAGUUGUGUGAUUGCCGGCACUAUCGACUUCAUCUUCGGCGAUGCAUCAGCAAUCCUUCAGAACUGUAUGAUUAUGGUCCGAAAGCCCUUAGACAACCAGCAGAACACUGUUACUGCCCAAGGAAGGGCGGACAAGCGGGAAACUACAGCCCUUGUUAUACAAAAUAGUCGCAUCUUGCCCGAUGAUAAACUAGUACCUGAUAGGACAAAGAUCAAGAGUUAUCUUGGUAGGCCAUGGAAGGAGUAUUCUAGGACUAUUAUUAUGGAAUCAACCAUCAGCGAUGUGAUUCAACCAGAUGGAUGGUUACCUUGGGAUGGUGACUUUGCCCUCAACACAUUGUUUUAUGCAGAGUACAACAAUAGGGGACCUGGGGCUAAGCUUACCGCUCGUGUCAAAUGGCCUGGUUUUAAGGUCAUUAAAAAGGAUGAAGCCGAUAAAUUUACUGUCGGAACUUUCUUAGAAACAAACUGGAUUCAGGCCUCAGGUGCACCAUUUCGUCAAGGCUUAUAUAACUGA